AUGGCGAGCCCAGUAAUCCGCGUAAUCAACCCAGAUGCCCCUCCAUAUCGUCAGCAGGCCGUAUUGGUGGCGACAAAAGAGGCCCGUUACUAUCGGGAGAAAAGGAUGCUCUUUCCCAAACCUCCACAGGAGCUGCGGAACCAGGCUACAGCCUUGGCUCAUGCAGAGAAGCUCCCUUCGAGCGGAGGGUAUCCACACUCCUUCGCGUCAGCUGUGCCUGGGAAAGCUGGUGAUACCAUUUGGCCAUAUAUUGACAAGCACAGAUCAGAGGAGACCACUCAACAUAGGGAGGGAGAGAGAGUGAACCAGGGAGUGAAAGACUACCUCAAUGAAUAUGCAGAGAGUUUCCCACAAGUCUGCAUUCUCCUGGAGGCCAACAUCGACAGGUGUAUUUACGGUCAGAGAGGGUUUGAGGAAAGCACCUUUCAGGAGAUGUGGACUCUCUACAGCAAGUACCCCACCCAAAAGGACAGGCCAGAGCUAUUCAGUGAGGAGGAGAAGGAGAUAAUAAAGAAAGCAUACAGUUCUGUGAGGAGGUGGCUGCACACACCAGUGACCCACAUCACAAGUGUGCAGAUGAAGCGGUUCAGGAAAUAUAUUGUUGACAAGGAGCAACAACCGCAGGCAAGCACCUCCAAGUGUGAUCCUUCAUCAUGGCCAGGGGACGACAGUGAACUGUUAGCUGCAAGCCAGGCUGUUGAAGACACAAUCAAACAGUUCGAGCCCCCUGUCCGGCCCAAGCAGCCCGAGCCCCUGUCCGGCCCAAGAAGCCCGAGCCCCUGUCCGGCCCAAGAAGCUUGA